UUGCUCGAGAGAAGAAAAUAGGUCUAAUAAGUCUUUUGUUCCCUUUAAUUUGAGCAUAUGGAACUCAACCUCUCCACGCCCACAUCAUGUUCCUCCAGCAGCAUCUCGUCAUCCUCGCAUCAUGAGAUCAUCCCAAGUACCACCAAGGGCCGGAAAAUGAAAGAGAAGGUGUCAGCCGCUGAGCCACCGAUGGAGACGACUCCUCGGCUAGAGUUCCGCUUCCUGUUCGACGAGAGUAUAAGAAACUCUGGUUUUGGAGAUGAGGCACAAGAAGGGACGAGGGCGGAGCCUAAAGCGAGGGUGUUUGCAUGCACCUUCUGCAAAAAAGAGUUCUCUACGUCGCAAGCCUUGGGAGGACAUCAAAACGCUCACAAGCAAGAGCGAUCACUGGCUAAAAGGCGUAAAGAGAUCGAAGUAAACUAUCCUGGACUCUCCUCCUUCUACAGCAACCAGUACCCCCCGCCAAGUGGCGUUUCCUACAACGGCAGCUCCUCCCACUAUGAUCUCGGGGUUCGUUACAAUCCUAACAUUGCUAAAACGUCUAAGCCCUAUCCUUUCAACAUCUUUAGAUGUCGACUUGGUUACAGAGGGCUUAAUAUCCCUCUGCUUUCUCACCUCUCCGUUCCAAAGUCUGACGAUUUGUCCACAAACUUGAUUGCAAACCUAGAGGGCAGCAUCAACGAAGACAUCAAAGAUGAUCAACCCGACACUGAUUCUGAUAUAGACUUGUCUCUCAAGCUAUAGAUUGCCUUUUUUUUCUUUUUCGGGAGGGUUAUAUUUUAGUAGUUUGUUUCUUGG